GGAGAGGCGGGAAAGCGCGCAAGCCGCGCCCACCGCCCUGCCCUCCCCCACCCCCCGCGUGCCACUCCCCGGCUCCUCGGGACUCGGCACGUCCUCCUGGGAUCCGCUCGGAGGGGACCCGCUGUGCAGACACCAUGGAGAUGCUGCUGAUCUUCCUCUGCAGCCUGAUGGCUCCUGUGGUCCUGGCAAGUGCUGAGCAGGAGAAAGAAAAGGACCCUUUCCAUUAUGACUACCAGACCCUGAGGAUUGGGGGACUGGUGUUCGCUGUGGUCCUCUUCUCUGUUGGGAUCCUCCUCAUCUUAAGUCGCAGGUGCAAAUGCAGUUUCAAUCAGAAGCCCAGGGCUCCAGGGGAUGAGGAGGCUCAGGUGGAGAAUCUCAUCACCACAAAUGCGGCGGAGCCCCAGAAGGCAGAAAACUGAGGUGUGGCCUCUGGUGGGAAGCCUCCAGAACCUGAGGCCAGCGGCUUGAUCCAGUAGAGGCUGAUGUCGAGGGUCAGGAAAACCAGCCUCUUCAGCACCAGAUCUUUCCCCAGGAGAAGCCAAGAACUUGUGUCCCUUGUCCCUGUCCCCACUAACCCUAGUCCUGUGCUUAAUGACACUCCCACCGGCCUCCCCCACUGCAGCCUGAGGUCUGGGCCCUCCUGUCCUGUGUCUCUGUGUAUCUGCUGUGGUCUUUGUGGCUACUCGUUCGUGGAUGGAAUUGUAUCUAUGAUCUGUGGGCUCCCCUUCCUGAGAGGGGUUGAGCCAUGUUGCCAUCAGUUCCUUGUGCUGUGAGCCCCCAACCCUCAUGACCUUCACCCCCUCCCCGCUUCUAGGAGUCUGCUUUGUUCCCAGGAGACCAAUAUCUUCUCUAGCUUUAAGGAUGAGGAUAGAGUUGAACCCUGGGCAAGGUUCAACUGCUACCCACCCUGUUCAGAAGGUCUCUUAGCAGCUGGGGAUGCCCAAGGGGCAUGAUGACCCCAGCAGCCUCUGCCCUGCUGGGGCCCUUUUUCUCUUGAGACUUCUACUGCAGAGUCCCCAUUUACACGACCUUUGUGGAGCACCCAGGGAUUCCUGGCCCAGAGCUCCUUGCCUCUGGGGAACGUGCCCCUUGUAUACCUCCUGAGCAAUAACCCUGUGGGCUCUGGAACCCUCCUGCUUCACCCAUCUUCCCUGCUUCCAAGACUUGUCUGCCCUGAGGUGGGGCCCUGGCAGGUGAUGGCUGAGGAGAUGGGCAGCAGAGAGUGAGAGGGUCUUUGCUUCUCUGCCAAUGUCCCAUGGGGCAGGCAGCAGUGGCAGCAUGCCCAUCCUUUCUCUGCCUGUCAGUGGGGAGAGCCGAGCAGGCUGGAAGGGUGAGGGAGCAGUAAUAGGGUCAGGUCAGAGACCAGCAGGGUGUCUACAGCCCCACUGCACAGCAAAAGCCGGAAGUCAGUAGUAGCAGAUUGAAAACUCAAACCAGAUCCCAGUCCACCUGUGUCCAUUGUGUUCCCAUGGAAACUCACCAAACCACGCUGCACACUGGUUCUGCUGAUCUCUGUCUUGUGACCUAUCCUCUAACAACAGCAAAAAGAAAUAAAACAUUGUUUCCUAGUG